GCUAAAAGGGUUGUAAGAAGCGUUUGCGAGAGCUUCAUGGAAAUGUGUGAGCAAAAUCUUCUGAAUUCUGGCUAUGUUGGUUCUCUGAAUUUCCCUAUCCCGGAGUCGGUAUAUUUUCCCAACUUGCGGAGCAAUGGAGCUCCUCUCCCCCAGCUGCAUCAGAUUUCCUACAACAGGCGAGAGGUGUGCUCGCUCCCGUGGACUUCCCUAAAUUCGUGCACAUCUCCGCCUCAGAGCCGCGCCAUUAGUGGCUACUCUCCGCCGUUUCUACCCAAUUCAGUGCCUGUAAAUACUCAUCCCAACGACCACAACAAGUCCAGUAAAUACUACUUUCAGGAUGUUAACCACAAACCAGAAGAACCUGCUAGACACGCGCAGGCCUUUUCUGGUGAACAUGGAGUUAUCAGUUCCGAUAGCUCGAAAUAUGCAUUGUCGAACUUGGACAGACGGUCACAUAAUUCCGGUGCACAACACGAACUGAAUUACACCAACCAGGCAUUUGCCGCCGGCAUCAAGCAGUCGGCCAAUUCAAAUCCCCGAAUUCAACCAUCUACAAGUAAUGCAUGUGCCAGCACGGCUUUUUCUGACGGCGCACCCUGGUGCUCUUCACAGGCGAAACUGAGAAAGAAGAGAAAACCAUACACAAAGCCACAGCUUGCUGAACUUGAAAACGAAUUCAUGGUGAACGAAUUCAUAACCAGGCAAAAACGUAAGGAACUCUCUGACAGACUGGAGUUGAGUGAUCAACAAGUCAAAAUAUGGUUUCAGAACCGCAGAAUGAAAAAGAAGAGACUAGUGAUGCGCGGGCAUGCAUUCUCCAUGUACUGAGAGCCUUGGGUCCGGAAAGUGACCUCGUGUGGAUUCUGUUCACACAAGCACAACCACUUCAAACCUCAAACUC